UAUCACGGGCGGCGUUUGAGUGAAUGAGCACGUGAAUCCGUGAGCGGAGUUGGUAAGCAAGUUCGUUGAAAAAUAUGGCUGCAGUGCUUACAUUAAACCCCAAGGCUGAGGUUGCCCGCCAUGCCCAGGCUCUCGCGGUCAACAUCAACGCUGCAAAGGGUCUGCAAAACGUUCUUCGUACGAAUUUGGGCCCCACUGGCACGAUGAAAAUGCUUGUAUCGGGAGCCGGCGAUAUAAAGAUAACAAAGGAUGGCAAUGUUUUGCUGCAUGAAAUGCAAAUUCAACUGCCCACUGCGAACCUUAUCGCCAGGGCUUCAACAGCGCAGAAUGACAUCACCGGUGACGGAACAACGUCAACUGUUCUUAUCAUUGGAGAACUUCUCAAACAGGCAGACAUCUACGUUUCUGAGGGCCUGCACCCGCGCAUUCUGGCAGAUGGCUUUGAGAAGGCACUGACCAAGUCAUUGGAGGUGCUGGAGUCCCUCAAGCUCACCCCAGGCGACAUGAACCGGGAAAUGCUGGUCAGGGUGGCCCACACAGCACUCGCGACAAAAGUGAGCCCCGAGCUGGCCCAGCACCUAACGGAGGUGUGCGUGGACGCCGUGCUGGCGAUACAGCGGCCCGGAGAGGACCUGAACCUGCAUAUGGUAGAGAUUAUGGAGAUGCAGCACAAGACGGACAUGGACACCCAGCUGGUGCGUGGACUCGUGCUGGACCACGGGGCAAGACACCCGGAUAUGAAGAAGCUCGUACGGAACGCCUUUGUGCUGGCCUGCAAUGUGUCUCUGGAGUAUGAGAAGACGGAAGUGAACGCAGGCUUUUUUUACAAGUCUGCCGAAGAGCGUGAGAAGCUGGCCCAUGCAGAGCGGCAGUUCAUCGAGAAGAGAGUGCAUAAGAUUAUCGAGCUCAAGCGUAAGGUCUGUGACACCCCGGAAAAAAACUUUGUUGUCAUCAAUCAGCAGGGUAUCGACCCCAUGUCUUUGGACCUUUUGGCUAAGGAAGGCAUUGUGGCCCUUAGGCGUGCCAAGCGAAGGAACAUGGAGCGGCUGGCGCUGGCGUGCGGCUGCAAGGCCAUGAACUCCUUUGAAGAGCUGACCCCCGAUGUGCUUGGCCACGCGGGACUCGUGUACGAGCACGUGUUGGGUGAGAACAGGUUCACCUUUGUGGAGGAACUCAAGGACCCACGCUCUGUGACGGUACUCAUCAAGGGACCCAACAAGCACACAAUCACCCAGAUCAAGGACGCGGUGUACGAUGGACUGCGUGCCGUCAAGAAUGCAAUCGAGGACGGCUGUGUGGUGCCGGGAGCAGGUGCCUUCGAGCUGGCGGCGCACGCAGCCCUGACUGCAAUGCGUCCCACGAUUGAAGGCAAGGCGCAGCUUGGGGUGCAGGCGUUUGCGGAUGCGCUUCUCAUCAUCAUCAAAACGCUGGCAUCCAACAGCGGCCUGGAUCCGCAGGAUGUGCUGGUGCGGCUCCAGAAGGAACAGCAGCAGGCACAGCAGCCCAUCGGCCUCAACCUCCGCACAGGGGAAGCUUUGGUUCCUGUCCACGAGGGCAUAUUUGACAACUACUGCGUGAAGAGACAGCUUUUGAACUCUUGCACCGUUAUUGCAAGCAACCUGCUGUUGGUGGACGAAAUCAUGUUUGGAGGAGUCAAGGGAGCGAAAUAAACAUUUGCAUUUUCACCUCAGGGGAAGCACCCACUGUCGUCUCAAGAGUGUCCGUUUGUUCUUCUGCUGUCCAAGAAUAAAUUAUUGUUUGUAG